AUGGAGUCCAUCACGUCCAUGGCCGAGCUGCCGAGAGUCGAGCCCCGUGCUGGUAACGGCAGGAGCAGCACUGGCAAGCUCCAUGACCUUGUGCACAAGUACCGCAUGGUGGAGUUUGCGAUUUCUAUCGUCAUGUACGGCCUCGCACUCGUCUUUGCCACUAUUCAAGUCGCUCAGCGUGAGAUAUCUAACAUCGAAGUGCAGCUGAACUCAACCACGUCCAUAUGGGCUCGAGACCCGACGAUAAACAACAAGGAGAAGGCGCAGCAGGUCUCAAUGACUGCACUGAUUUCGGUCGGAGUUGGGGCGCCGGUCAUCACGAACCUCGUUAUGAACUACGUGCUGCCCAAGUUUCACAAUGUGCGGGUGAUCCCGCACGACACGCGGGACUUCUUCUUGACGCUCGUGCAGUCGACGAGUAUGGCGACGCUAUUGACGCAAUUUACAAAGAACAUGACGGGACGCUUUCGUCCGUGCUUUUACGACAUGUGCAAGUGGCAGUACGACGUUGUGUGGGACGGCGUCACCAAUCUUUGUCAAAGCCCGUCUGGCGAGAAGGAAGGACGCAAGAGUUUUCCUUCGGGACACGCGUCGUUUGCGUUUGCAACGAUGCUCGUUUUCACACUGUACUUGCUCGGGCGCUCGUCUUUGAACUGCGAGAACCGAAGUGAGACGAUGAUGCGGGGCGGACGUAAAUCGAUCAAGCUCUUUUUCUGCUUCAUUCCUACUUUCUUGGCGGCGUGGGUGGGUGUGACGCGUACGAUCGACAAUUGGCACCACUAUGCUGACAUUUUGGCGGGUAGCAUCAUUGGCGCCGUUUCCGCGUGCUUAUCGUACAGUUACAACUAUGCGUCGAUAUUCCACAGCGAGCAUGCUGGUUUCCCUCUGCAAGGAUACCAUGCCACCUGCAAGAGAAAAAAGCUGACAAGAACUACUAGCGGCAUCACAUACGCGAGUAACGAGAGCUGUGAUCAGGAGAGCGUGUCGAGCAGGCCGGUAAACGGAUGUAAGGACUAUGCAGUGAACAUGCAUAACCGCACCAAUGCUGGCGAUUGA